AUGGUCCCUGUCCAGUUCUUCACAGGUGGGGCUGCUGGUCACAGGUGGGGCUGCUGGUCACAGGUGGGGCUGCUGGUCAAAGGUGGGGCUACUGGUCACAGGUGGGGCUGCUGGUCACAGGUGGGGCUGCUGGUCACAGGUGGGGCUGCUGGUCACAGGUGGGGCUGCUGGUCACAGGUGCCUGCUGCUGGCGGCUGGCGCUGGUGCUGGUGCCUGGUGUUGGUGCCUGGUGCUGGCGGCUGGCGCUGGUGCUGGUGUCUGGUGCUGGUGGCUGGCGCUGGCGCUGGUGCUUGGUGCUGGUGGCUGGCGCUGGUGCUGGUGCCUGGUGCUGGCGGCUGGGGCUGGUGCCUGGUGCUGGCGGCUGGCGCUGGUGCUGGUGCCUGGUGCUGGCGGCUGGCGCUGGUGCUGGUGCCUGGUGCUGGCGGCUGGAGCUGGUGCUGGUGCCUGGUGCUGGCGGCUGGCGCUGGAGCUGGUGCCUGGUGCUGGCGGCUGGCGCUGGUGCUGGUGCCUGGUGCUGGCGGCUGGCGCUGGUGCCUGGUGCUGGCGGCUGGGGCUGGUGCCUGGUGCUGGCGGCUGGCGCUGGUGCUGGUGCCUGGUGCUGGCGGCUAG